AUGGGAAAUAGACUCUCUGAAAGCUCACAAAUCAGAACAACACAGCGUUCUGGUUCGCUCUCUAACUCACCGGAAAUCUUCUUAUCUUCACCACUUGGAUCAUUCUUCUCACCUAGAAGUCCGAGAAAGUCCAAAUCUUCAAAGCACUUUGAAGAGACAUUAGACCCCGAGUCCAUUACAAAGUCGAAUGGGUUAUCCAAAUCUACUUCAGAAGAGAGAAUAUCCUUUUCAAAAGGAAAGAAAGCUAAGAAAGACCACAAAAGAAAGAAUUCAACACCAAAAUGGAGUUUUUUCAACAAAAAAGAAGAGGAGAAUAGUCUUGAUGAAGUUGUGUUAGAGAAAAACCCACUCUUUGCAUUCAUUCUUUCAAAGACUCUCUCUCAGAAUAUCGAAAGUGUAUUUGACUCUAAUGUCUCUGGAUUCGAUGCAAGAGAAUUAAGACAGAAAAUUGCAUGCAAAGAGAAUCUUGUUUUUGUGAUACAAACGGAAUUUGAUUAUAUUGGGUUUUACCAGUCUGAUAUAGUUCCUCCUAUGAAACAAAACACUUCAUACCAAGCAAAAUCAGAAGAAAUGUUUCUUUUCUCUAUGAAAAAAGAAAGUAAAAACAUCGAAAUUUAUGCUCGAAAAGACUGGAGAAAAAACACAUUCAAUUUGUUCACAGAUGAUAAUAAGACUUUCUUCGCCUGUUUCUCGGCUUUCUGGGUCGAUAAAAAUGGAAAAGUAAACAUUAAUCCAUGCGCUAAGGAUGCAUAUGAUAUCACUCCAUCUUUUAAUCCUUUCUUCGAAAAUUGUUCUAUCGAGAAAAGAAGUUGUAUCAGAAUGACUGUUUUACACUGUUUUUAA